AAGGUGAUCUUAAGAUUGGAGAAGUGUUUUACAAAUGUGUAAAACGUAAGACUCCAAAAAAACGUUGCACAGCAUCUACCUCGCUAAAAAACGCACUAAAUGACAUAAGUUGUAACCUUAGAUUUCAUUCCUACAAAAUUGACCUUCCUACGACCUUCAGUGCUGGAAGAGCUUUAGCUGCUCAAAAACAGAAACUAACCGGUGGAGCCAUGGACCGAACAUUUAUCGUGGGGGGUAAUUGGAAGAUGAAUGGGGAUCGAAAAGCCAUUGAUGAAAUUAUCAAAUUUAUGAGAGCAGGAACCAUUCCAACCAAUAAUGAAGUAUAUAUUGGAGUUCCAUCAAUUUAUUUAGAUUACGUUCAACAAAGAAAACCUAAAAAUGUAGAAAUUGCUGCUCAAAAUUGUUAUAAGGUAGAAAAAGGAGCUUUCACAGGUGAAAUUUCCCCUGAUAUGUUGAAGGAUCUUGGAGUGAAAUGGGUAAUCUUGGGACAUUCAGAACGGAGAAAAAUUUUCGGAGAAAGUGAUGAACUCAUAGCAGAAAAAACUGCCCAUGCUCUAGAGAAAGGAUUGAAAGUUAUUCUUUGUGUUGGUGAAACUCUAGAUGAGAGGGAAACUGGCCAAACUAAUGCAGUUGUUUUUAGACAAACUAAAGCUGUAGCAGAUAAAAUAAAAGAUUGGAGGAAUGUUGUAAUUGCUUAUGAGCCUGUCUGGGCUAUUGGAACUGGAAAAACAGCUAGUCCUGAACAAGCACAAGAAGUUCAUGAUGCCUUAAGAAAGUGGAUAGCAGAAAAUAUAAGUAAAGAAGUAGCUGAUACCAUAAGAAUUCAAUAUGGUGGAUCUGUUACAGCUGGAAAUGCAAAAGAGUUGGCGACACAGAAGGAUAUUGAUGGUUUUCUAGUGGGUGGUGCAAGUUUAAAACCAGAAUUCAUGGAGAUCAUCAAUGCGAAUGUUAAGGCUGAGAAGUGAAUGGAAAUUCUAAAUUAUAUUUAAGCAAUACUAAGAGUUAUACAGAAUUUUUUGAAAUUUAUUAUAUAAUAUUAUUUAAAUUAUGAUUUCUUGAAUAUAUUUUUCUUGCAG